CAGCCCCGCCCACAGAGAGGCACUUUGUUCCUUGUUGGCGCUUUAGCGCUUGCUUGCAAACUUUAACCGCUGGCGCCGGGCAUAUACGCAUGCGCCGUCCUUUGAAUGGUGAGCGUUCUGAUUCUAGCUGCCGCAGCCGGAGGACUAGCGAUCUUGCUAAUCGUGCGACUAUGGGUCGUGCUUCGGCCCCAUCACGUCAUUCCCCGAGAGUCUCUGGGACUCCUGAUAAUAGCUGGAUCCGGAGGACACACCGCCGAGAUCUUGAGGCUGGUUGGAAGCCUGUCCAGUGCCUACUCGCCAAGGCAUUACAUCAUUGCUGAGUCUGAUGAAAUGAGUGCCAAGAAAAUUCAUUCUCUUGAACUCGCUCGGGCCCAGAGCGGCUCUGCUACUGAGUACCCCAAAUACCACCUUCACCGAAUUCCAAGAAGCCGUGAGGUUCGGCAGUCCUGGCUCUCCUCCGUGUUCACAACCUUGUACUCCAUGUGGUUUUCCUUCCCACUGGUUCACCGAAUAAAGCCAGAUUUGGUGCUGUGUAACGGACCAGGGACGUGCGUUCCUGUCUGUGUGUCUGCCCUGUUACUUGGGAUUCUUGGAAUAAAGAAAGUGAUCAUUGUCUACGUUGAGAGCAUCUGCCGCGUGGAGACAUUGUCCCUUUCUGGGAAGAUUCUGAGGCACCUCUCUGAUUACUUCAUUGUUCAGUGGCCCACUCUUAAGGAGAAGUACCCCAAGUCUGUGUACCUGGGACGGAUUGUUUAACAAAUGGCAACCCUAAGUCUUGAGAACAUUACAAUUACCAAUAAUAUUUACUGUAUUAUCUUUACUGAAAAGUUUUUCAAAUGCCCAAAGAAUUAUCAAUGGUAAAGAAUUUAAAAUGUACAAAUAACUCAAUGAAGAAAGAUAAACUUUGCACAUAAUGCUCACCAAAUAGCUAUGUCUGUACACGAAAACAGUUUUCUAAAUAAAGGUGUAUAACACUACUCGCAGGUUCUCUUUGGACUCUUAUAGCCAUGGGUUUGAUUUUUUUCCCCUUGACCUAAAUAUAGAGUGUGUAUGUUUAGAAACAUUUCCUGUUUUACAGCUUUAAAUAAAACAAAAGCAUUCUACAUUAUAAAAAGAAAAGAACAGGAUAAGGCAGGUUAGGGGGUAGGUAUUGUCGUUCUAGCCUGCAAUCCCACUCAGGAGGCGAGGGAGGAGGAUCAGGAGUUCUUGGUGUAAGGAACUGGGAACAGAGAAGUGAGGAAAGAGGGAGAUAAAGAACAAGGCAUCCCUUUGGUCCUGUUCAGACCGGUCGGUCUUUCAUCCUUCUGGGAAGCAUCUCAGUGAUAAAGGAAGCAGUUUGUUAAACUGGUUUUAUGUCCAUUUACACUCCACAGACUUCCAGUUCUCCAACUAUAAACAAGUGUCUUUCUGUAUUCUUCAGUCUGCUUUAUGUGUUGUUGGCCUGUAUCCAGACUGUAUUUUAAAAUCUGUUUGGUUAAAAUAUUGGCAGUGUCUUCAGAAUAAAAGCAUGAUUCUAUCGGUCAGGAAUCUAAAUUUUCAAACAUGAA